AUUUCUCUCUCUCUCUCUCUCUCUCUAUAUACAUCUUUAUAUAUAUAAUUGUUUUUCCACUUAUUGCACCACUCUUGUCUUGCCUCUUCCUCUCUCCCUCUCAAAAGUCAGCGCCUUCUUUUGUCUGUGUGUCUUUUCUCUUUCUCUUUUCUCUAAACAGUAGCAGCAGAGAAGCCAGGUACAGAUUCACAGACCUUUGUCUCUAAAAGAUUUUAGAAGCCAUGGAGGUAGACUGGGAUCUGCAUGCGGUGGUCAGAGGCUGCAACACCACCUCCACCGCUACCACCACCGUCACUAAUUCACCUACUACAUCUUUCAAGGAUGUUUUUGAUUCUCAAUCUUGGUUUUCUUCUUUCACUACUUGUGAACAAGUUGCUCCUCUUUUUUCUUUGGUUGACCCUUUUGAAGCAAGAAAUGCCAUCGAAGAGUUGCAUGACCUUUACAAGCCAUUCUUUCCUAAAUCUAAUCCUAUUUCACCAAAAAGUAAUAUGGUUAGCAAACCCAUAUCUUCUCUUUCCGCUAUGAAUUCUUCAAGGGACCGAACACACUUCAAACAACUACAACAACAGCCUAAGCAGUCUCAUGCUCCCUCUGUAGCCACUUCUUCUACUGCAAAUUCUCAUACUCCUCGAUCCAAAAGAAGAAAGAAUCAACAGAAGAGGGUUUGCCAAGUUCCAGAAGAGGGUCUUUCUUCAGACGUUUGGGCUUGGAGAAAAUAUGGCCAGAAACCCAUCAAAGGCUCUCCUUAUCCAAGGGGUUAUUACAGAUGUAGCAGUUCAAAGGGGUGUUUGGCCCGUAAACAAGUGGAGCGAAACAGAUCGGAUCCGGGUAUGUUCAUAGUAACAUACACAGCUGAGCACAACCACCCAGCACCAACCCACCGAAACUCACUGGCCGGCAGCACGCGCCAGAAACCCGUGACGCCUCAAGGCCAAACCACCACCGCCACCACCACCACCACUAGUGACUCUAACAAACCCCCUUCUUCUUCAGACAAACCCACUUUCUCUUCCUCUUCUCCAACAACUUCCUUAGAAGUUGAAGAAGAAGUUGUUCCUGAAAGUACAAAUACGGAAAGCAGAGAACUAGAACUAGAUAUGCUAGAAGAUGAAGAAGAAGAAGAUCUUGGGUUCUCAGAUGUUGGAAUUAGUGAUGAUUUCUUUGUGGGUUUAGAGGGAUUCGCCUCUGGAGAGAAUUUUUCCGAUAACUUUCCGGCGAAUUUUGGACUUCCUUGGGUUGCGAACAGCGCUGCUACCGCUGCCGGCAGUAUCUAAUUGGGUGGACAAGUCACUGUUAUUAAUGUUAAUGGUUUCUGUUAAAUAUAAAUUAUACAGUUAUUUAGGAGCUUCUUGUAGAAAAGUAGAACCUAAAACAAACAAUGGAUUGGUGUGUGUUGAGUCCAUUGGCGAGUCUUGUAGAUGAAAAGAGAAUCAGUUCUAUUUUGUUAAUGUAUACCAGUAAAGUAGCAGCGUAGCGUAGUAAUGAAAUCCUUUCAAAAAAAAAAAAAAAAAAAAAUAACGUUUAAAAGGACUGGUGGUUUAGUUAUCAAGAAUAUGCUCGUCUGUUUUAACUUUUUGUGGGCUUCUUACUGAGAAACCAGAGAAUGGUUUUCAUCUU